AUGAACUAUCGUACGCCGUUCCUCACAAUGUUCUUCACCAUCAGUAUUUCAUCUCCAUUUUCAGUUCCCUUCUCGUUGCUCAUAAAUUCUACAGCUCAAUCGAGUGCAAUAACCUCAACAAUGGGUCCAGGAAUACUACAACAAAACCAGUUACCUUCAUCAGCUGCUCGUACAUCGUUCUCUUUAGUGAACGAUAAGAAUGAAUUGGAACGUGAGAACACCGCGAAAAGAAUAUGGCAAAAUGCAGAUGCUGUAUGUUUUGAUGUCGACUCAACUAUAUGUCAGGAUGAACUAAUCGAUGAAUUGGCCGCGUUUUUGGGUGUUGGUGAAGAGAUAGCGAAAUGUACACAAAUCGCAAUGAAUGGCUCGAUGACAUUUCGAGAGUCGCUAACGAAGCGGUUGAAUAUAAUGCGACCAACGUUGAAGCAAGUUGAGGCGUUCGCUCGCAAGCAUCCACCUCGAGUCACUCCUGGAAUUGUUGAACUUGUUGCCGAAUUGCGAAGACGUCAAGUUGACGUUUACAUCGUAUCAGGUGGAUUUCGUCCUCUGAUAAUGCCAAUCGCACGUCUGCUAAGAAUUCCGAGAGAGAACGUGUUCGGAAAUGAAAUUCUUUUCGAUAGGAACGGUGCUUAUGCUGGUUUUGAUACAAACGAACUAACGAGCGAUUCAGGUUCAAAGACAGUCGGUAAAGCCGGUGUUUGUGGUCUCCUAAAACGCAGGAUGGGCUACGAGAACCUAGUGAUGAUUGGCGAUGGCGCUACUGAUAUGGAAGCUUCGCCACCAGCGGAUACGUUCAUUGGAUUCGCCGGUAAUCAGGUUCGUGAUAGUGUUAGGAAGGGUGCUCCAUGGUUAGUAUACGACUUCGAUACUCUUCGAAGACAGUUACUUUAG